AUGGCCGAGGGUACUCCAUCGGUCCUACCCGAUAAAAUAACGACAGAGGAAAUAAUCCACCUCAUCUACCUCGCAGCGAAUACACAGCGACUUGCAUGUAUAUGCCUCUGCCACAUGCAGCAAAAUUCCAUCUAUGCAGUGGACAAGUCUCAUGGCCCUGGCUCCACAGCAGCCCAACGGGCCGCUGAGCCAAUCGUUUGGAUCGAAGAAUAUCGCGUAUAA